UCGUGAGAGCGCAACGAAAGAUACAUUCGCGUGCGGUAGACGGAUAAGCAAGAGUGAGUUUUGUUGCUGCAUGCAAAAAAAAAGAAAGCAAAAGUGAAUACAUAAUUUACAUAAAACGUAUGUGCUCUAAUCCUAUGCGUAACAGCUAAUAAAAUGUAGCUUCAUCCGUGUAGAUCUCAAAGAUGUGCUGGUGCGGGUCAGCAUAUGUGUGAGUGUGUGUGUCAACAUCUGUAGAUGUGAGCGAGUGUGUGUGUGCGUAAAAAUUGCACGAAUCUCAGCCGUAAGGCGCGCAUCAUCAAGAGCAAUAAAACCUAUUUAAGUAAUUAAUCAAUUGAGAGACUUGCAAAAAUGCUCUGAUUUGCAACAGCAACAACGAAACGACAGCAACAAAUCAAAUGCAGCAGCCGUUACGCUGCGAAUUGACUUGGACUUGGACUUGGGAAGCCAACUGAAAAAUCGAUCAACGUUCAACGAUGCCGCCAACAGCCAAGGCGAAGCCACAAACGAAAACAUUGCGCACUUGCCAAUUCAGUCAAAGAUGGCGCUAUAAAAGGGCCAGCCCAGUAGGCAUUUGCUAGCCAUUCAGGUGCUGACUAAGGAAUAUGUCCAAAAUGAGAGGUCGUGUACUGAUACCCCUGCCCAAUACGGGGGCGAUGGGGCGCAAACGCAACAAUUUCUACAUGCGCAGCAUCUUCAUCUUGGCCCUGUGCAUCUUCGGCCUGCUGCAGUAUCACAAUUUUAACUACCUGGACAGCCGCGAUGCGAUGCUCAGCGAAUCGGUUACCAAUGACUCCGUGGAUGCCAUAAUGUCAAUGGUUCCUGCCACGCUCCACAAGUAUCUGACUCCACAUACGCGCAAUCAUACCAUCUCGGCUGCAGGUCUCCAGCUGAAUAGCAGUGGGUCUUCGUCGGGCGGCUCGGGCAAUGGAGCGGCGACAACCAUCAGCUUCGAGGUCUAUCGGCCGCCGAACAACACUGAGAUCAAGCGUCAGAUAGUGAGAUACAACGAAAUGCAGCUGGUGCUCAAUGAGGAGACAUUCGGGCCGCUGCAAAACGAUUCUGUGAUAAUUGUCGUGCAGGUGCACACGCGCAUCAAUUACCUGCGCCAUCUGAUUGUGAGCCUGGCGCAGGCGCGCGACAUCUCGAAAUCUUUGCUGAUCUUCUCGCACGACUUCUACGACGACGACAUCAACGAUCUGGUGCAGCAAAUCGAUUUCUGCAAGGUGCUGCAGAUCUUCUAUCCGUACUCCAUACAGACGCAUCCGCACGAAUUUCCCGGCGUCGAUCCCAACGACUGCCCCAGGAACAUCAAGAAGGAGCAAGCUCUGAUCAGCAACUGCAACAAUGCUCUAUAUCCCGAUCUCUAUGGCCAUUACCGUGAGGCCAAGUUCACGCAGACGAAGCACCACUGGUGGUGGAAGGCGAAUCGAGUCUUCAACGAGCUGGAAGUGACGCGCUUUCACACCGGUCUCGUUUUGUUCCUGGAGGAGGAUCACUAUGUGGCCGAGGACUUUCUCUACUUGCUGGCCAUGAUGCAGCAGCGCACCAAAGACUUGUGCCCGCAGUGCAAUAUCCUUUCGCUGGGCACCUAUCUAAAGACAUUCAACUACUAUACGUACCACAGCAAGACUAACAAAAAAUCGUAUGCUUCCUCGCUGAUCUCGUCAAACAGUCUAUUAGGAUCAAAUAGGAACAAUUACAAUAACAACAAUAACAAUAAUAAUAAUAGAAAUUCACAGCAAUUAACUGCGUCCUCAUCAGCGCUAUCAUCCAGCACUUCAUUAAAGAACGCCAAGGUCUAUGUGGGCGACACCUCAGACGUUGAUAACAAUAACAAUAAUAAUAAGAAUAAUAAAAUGAUGAACAAUAAAAGAACUAGUCACAUGAACACUGUCACCGCCACAUCCAACACCAAUAAUAAUAAUAAUAAUAACAAUGAUAAUAGCAAUAAGAAUGGUGCACAAACUUGGAAUUAUCAUGUACUGCCGUCAUUGUAUUCCGUCUAUCAGAAGGUCGAGUCCAUGCCGUGGAUCAGCAGUAAGCAUAACAUGGGCUUCGCCUUCAAUCGUACCACUUGGACAAGCAUUAGACGCUGCGCUCGACACUUCUGCAGCUACGAUGACUACAACUGGGAUUGGUCGCUGCAGCAUGUGUCCCAGCAGUGCAUGCAGAGGAAGCUGCACGCAAUGAUUGUCAAGGGACCGCGAGUCUUUCACAUUGGCGAGUGCGGCGUUCAUCACAAGAACAAGAACUGCGAAUCCAAUCAGGUGAUUUCCAAGGUGCAACAUGUGCUGCGCAUUGCACGCAACUCCCAUCAGCUCUUCCCGCGCUCGCUGAUAAUGACGGUGCCGAGUCUGAUCAAGAAAUCGAAGCUACGCAAAGGCAACGGCGGCUGGGGCGAUUUACGCGAUCACGAUCUCUGCCUCAACAUGACGUUGCCAACGAGAUAAAGCUGCAAAUCACCAAAAAGAAAAAACCAACAAA